UCAGUCGUACUCAUUAUUACAAUGAAACAUUUAGUUACGUAUCAGACCUUGAGAGCUCCCUAUCCUAUAUUGGCGGAAAGAUUAUCGCUUGAUAUAAUAUAUUUUUCUAAAGUCCUCAAUGCAUUAAGGAGAAUAAUAUGUUUAAACUGCGGUAGUCCAUUACGAGCCUUUCUGCAGAAGCAUAGUAAAUUAAUAUGCACGAAGAGAACUCAAGCGGCAUUUGAAUUGGGAAAAGCAUAUAUAACUGUAGAACAAGAACUGCUUGAUAUACUCCACAAUAUUGUUAACAAUCAGGAAUUAUUGAUGGAGAUAUUUACAGAAAUUCAGGAAAAUGUGAUAGACAUCAUGAUGUGCUUAUCGUAUAUAACUAAAUUAAGAGACUGGAUUUCUACCACCGCUGAAUCUAAAUCAGCAAUGAUCAAAAUUAUUACUGCUAUGUAUAUGUCGGGUCAAGAAUUAAGAGAUGCUGGAUGGCUAAGUGUUAAGGAAUUUAAGAAAAUGUCAGAUUUACUAACUCUAAAAAUAAGUAAGAUACAAUCGAUAAAGCACAUCGAUAGACCAACUCCCAAAGAGAUGUUCUAUGAAAUUGUUUGGUUGAUGGACGAAGAACCUGAAAUUGUUGAAUAUUUAUUGAGCAACACCCAAUCAUUGGUGUUUCAACCCGGAGAAGUAUUGGUUCGUGUGAACAACUAUAUUCCUGGCAUCUACAUUGUUACGUCAGGUUUAUUUAUUGAAACUUUCGUUCCUGACAAGCUAAUCUUGAAUCGCAUGGAUACUAAGGGAGAGUUGCCCAUAAUGGAUAACAUUAAUCUGUACACAUUGGAAUCUCCAAACAAGAUAUUUAAUUCUGUUGGUGCGGUAAUAGGAGAAUUAGGAGUUCUAACAGGGAGAAAAUACUCCACUAAUAUCAUUGCUAAAACGUACAGUACAGUCCUAUUUAUUCAAAAACUUCACAUAGAAGAAGCAUUUGCUAGAAGUAAUGAUCCAAUACAUGGUUUAAAGGCAAAGAUGUGGAAGAACAUCAUGUUUCGUAUGGCUAAAUUCAUACUUUCGCUAGAACCAGUGUAUCAAUACGUUUCGAAAAUUAUGUUGUCCUUGACUCUUUCUAAUCAUGCGUUUCUACCAGAAAUAUCAUUUUUCAAAACAUUUUGUUUUGAUCAGAAAGUACAGGAUGCUAUAUUAUGUGAAGGUCAAUGUAUGAAUGUAGAUUCUAAAGAUCAUUACAUAGCUCCAUGUUAUAUUCCUAGAGGUAUUCAAACUGUUUCAUUUGUAAGGUCACAUGAUGGACUUAAUCACGCCAAAUUGCUUCUUUUAUUGAAGAAAGGUUCAGAUGAGUAUGAAUUUAUGUCAAAAACUUUUAUGAGUUCAGAUGUUGAUCCCCAAGCGAAGAACGUGUUUGUCAAAUACGUAGGCACUUCACAAAAGAAAAAGAAACAUUUGCUUAACGUAGAAAAGAAAACUCAACAAGCUGAUAUCCGCGUUAAAGCCUUCAAGGUGGAAAGAAGUGGGACUGGGUCAGUUCGUGAUUCUUCUAUAUCUACAAUUUCGGUAAGUUUACUUAGUUUAAUUUCAAUCUAUUUGUUAACCCAGAAGAUGAAAACAAUAUUGCAAUUAUUUUUUAGCUAUCCAAAAGCCAAUAUAGUACUGCAAGCGGUAAGUAUCGCGGAUCAGAACAACCAUCAGAGAGGACAGAUAGGUCAGAGAAGACAGAGAGGGCAGAAAGAGCCGAAAGAAAGGCUUCGUCUCCAAAUUUUUAAAAACAAAAUUAUUCAAUCUAAAGUUAAUAAUUGCAUUAGAAUUUGGAUGCUGUCUUGAAAAUAGUUUAUGUGAUACAAACUGUUUUCUUUUCAUAUAUAAAUUGUA